AUGUGCUUCUGCAUGGCUGUCUUUGUGUUGUCCUUCCAGCAGGCCAAUGAAGCCCUGCAUCACCAACACCAGGUGGCCCAGAACAGCUUGCUGCCUCUCCUCCAGUCAGGAGGACCAGAACCUGUGGACCAGAAGCCUGUGAUGCCCAUCCUCCUGGAUCAGAAGCCCCCGGUCAGCGUCGCUGAGCUCCUCAAGGACAAUGUGGCCAGUGGGACGGGAGGAGGAGGAGGAGGAGGAGGAGGCGGCGGUGGUCCCGUUGCUGUGGUGAAGAAAGAGCCCAAGUCCAAAACGCCUUUCAUCUGCGGAUACUGCAACAAGGCCUUCCGGGACAGUUACCAUCUCAGACGGCACGAGUCCUGCCAUACGGGCGUCAAGAUGGUGUCUCGUCCCAAGAAGCCACAGACGGCGCCCACCAUGGUGCCCAUGAUCUCCACGGUGCCGCAGCGUGAGAACAGCGGCGGCCAGCCCUCUUACAUUUCCACCAUCGCUGGCAUCCUCACCACGGCCACAACCUCUGCCUCCACGGGCUCCAGCAUCAUGUCUCCCACCAUGGUUUCCCAGCAGCACCAGCAUCAACAGCAUCAGCAGCAGCAGCAGAGCCAGCCCAAGAAGCCUGCCAAGCCUGUGAAGAAGAACCAUGGCUGUGAGAUGUGUGGCAAGGCCUUCCGUGACGUCUACCACCUGAACCGUCACAAGCUGUCCCACUCAGACGAGAAGCCCUUCGAGUGCCCCAUCUGCCAGCAGCGCUUUAAGAGGAAGGACCGCAUGACCUACCACGUGCGCUCGCACGACGGGGGCGUUCACAAACCUUACAUCUGCUCUGUCUGUGGGAAGGGCUUCUCCAGGUGCGUGACGCAAUUCAACUUACUACAAACAUUUUUUUGUCCAUAAUGUUAUUGUUCAUAGUACAUGAUGUUGAGCUGUAAUUGUCAAUAAUGCAUUCUGUGUAAGGUUCGUUGGAAUUUCACACAUUUCUUACCGUUACCACCACUGUGUGAAGGUCAUCCAUUUUUCCACUGCUUCCAUUUCAAUGGGCCCCAAAUAUAUUUCCUGAUUGUGGGGGAAAAGCAAGAGGAGGGCAAUAUUACACCUUUUCAAAAGUCGUCUUUCUUCAGAAUCGGAUACAUUUAUGUACAGGAUAGGACUUUAUGUUGUAGAAGAAGAAGCCUAAAUUACAGUUAAAAAAGCCAUAAAGGCUAGAAGGGGGCAGGUUGUUUUGUUGGGCUGCACCUACUGAAGACUGUCACAUGCAGACCUAGAUGAAUAUGAUAUGGAUGAUGGCGGGCUUUGUUGGGUAAAAACAUUCCACUUGAAAUUGAUAUUCAGUGGUCAGUAGCCUAAUAAUUUAAUGGUGUGAUUAAUUGUAAUUUGGGAAAUCCCCACGUGUUGGAAUGUAAUUGAAUUGGACUGGUUAAUCAGUCUCAAUCGAUUGGAAUUUAGGAACGUUGCUUUGCAUACUAGUGUGUUCUCACUAUGAUGCUUUAAUGCACAUAGCCAAAAGGUGUAUUAUGUACAAUUUCCACUUUGAAUGAAAUUCCCCAAGCAAAGAACCAAAGGUGGAGUAUAAUUUGAAUGCCUAAAAUCACACACCGGAAGGCCUAUUUAUAUGGUAUCCCUAUGAGACAGUGUCCUUAAUUGUUGUUCUGGACCACCUCUUGUUUGUGCGUAGCAUUAUGAAGCUUGGCCAUGAUUACCGAUGCCCCACGCAGUUUCCGUUCAGACCCUAGUACUGGCUCAUGACAUGCAAGCAGUGCCCCACCAUGUAUAUAAACAGUAUCUGGAGCUUUGCGUGCGUCACAUAGUAGUCCCUCGUGUCCCCCCUCUCAGGGAUGUCAGCACGGGACAGGGAGACGGCUGCAGGGGCCAGACAGCACCAGAAGAGAUGGUCCUGGGUCUCCAGUGUCACUCCUGCAGCUCCCAAGGCCAAUGGUAGUGUUCUGACUCACUGACUGGUCUGAUUUCUAAUCAUUGAUUUAGCUCCUCCCCCUGUUAUUUCCAAUAUUGGGGAGUGCAGGUCUCCCUUUCAGACAUCAAGUUCUCAGUAAACGGUGAUGUGUUUCUGUGAGCGAAAUUAUUAGUACUAUCGUCUUAUAUUCGGGGUCUAGUAUUCAGAGCGCAGUUUCUCUUCUUCGGCGCUCCCUUUAAAUGUCAAUACACAUUCGCGGGCACAGAUGGCGCCAAAAAUUCGUUCCGGACGGAGGGAAGAGGCGUCCUUAACAACCAGCCCGUUACCGGUGUUUAAAGAUGGAAAGACAGGCUGACCAUUUAGAGACAAGUGGCUCAAAAGUGGGCCAGGUCAAUAAACAACAGCGGAGGAGCUAUGAUGCCAAUUUCAAAAUAAUGGUUGUCAAUAAGGCAGAGUCAUCUAACAACUGCCAAGCUGCCAAGACAUUCGGGGUCACUGAGUGUAAUGUAAGAAGAUGGCGAGCAGAAAAACAACGUCUAAAAGAUGCUAACAGUCAGCGAAAAUCCUUCCGUGGUCCUCAAAGUGGUCGUUUCAUUGAGGUUGACCGGAGGGUUUUUGAAUAUGUCAGGGAAAAAAGAAGUGAGGGAAUGCCCAUUACCAGAGCUGUCAUCCAGGUUAAGGCCCUGGAAAUCGCCAGAGAGCUCAACAUCACUGGAUUUAAAGCCAGCCUCGGCUGGUGUCGUAGGAUGAUGCGGCGUAAUGGACUGUCACUUAGACGGAGAACGAGUUUGGCCCAACGCCUGCCGUCAGACUUCGGAGAGAAGCUGCUUUCGUUUCAGCGCUUUGUUAUCAACCUGAGGAAGAAGCACUCCUACCCGCUGGAUCAGAUCGGCAAUGCUGAUCAGACACCCGUUUAUUUCGACAUGCCAACAUCGGUGACUGUCAAUAGAAAGGGAGAAAAGUCUGUGUUGGUGAAAUCAACGGGCAACGAGAAGAGCCGCGUCACUGUCAUGUUGACAUGUCUCGCUGGUGGCAGCAAACUCCCCCCGUAUGUCAUUCUUAAGCGUAAGACUGUGCCAAAGGACCCAAUGCCAGCUGGCAUUAUUGUGCGCGCCCAGGAGAAGGGCUGGAUGGAGUCGGGGCUUGUAGUGGAUGCUAUUCCCUCACAGAGCAUCAUAAACUAGUGAAGGAUAUUGUAUCAUAACCACAGUGACUUGGUGCGAAGUAACAUCUUACUCUUGUGCGGCUAGGGGUGCAUGUUGAUUUUCACGCUUGGCAGUCCUGAAAGAGGCUAUUCCCCUCUUCUUAAACGAAGGAGUGUUGAGUGGGAGGAGAGAUGAGCUUUUCAGCUUCCUGAGGAGAUGGGGUUGGACUCCUGCUCGCCAUCACAAAAACCCUGCUAGUGUGAAACCGCCUCCUUAGAGACAUGUUCAAGCCACACUCUGGCUGCGUUUGUCCAGUAGCUACAUUUUCACUAGUAUGGCUUAGUAAGGGCAGACGAGGACAACUGAGCAACAGACGAACGGCUGUGGUUGUCAGAUAAUUGUCUUCUCCAGGGUAUACUGUAGAACAGAUAUGAUUUUCUGUCAUGUUGUAAAAUAGACUUCUAGCUAGAUUUUGAAAUAUGUCUAAAUUCCAUCCCUCUGAUAAUUUUUGGGUGUGGCUCAACUGAAUAACUCUCUGGUCUUGUUGCAAGAACAUAGAUCAUUUAUUUGGUGGAAAGAAUGCAUUUGGGAGGGGUGUAGUAGUGGAUUGAUGCUCUAAUAGCUUGUGUCCCAUGGGUCAAAUAUGGCCCGCCAUGAGACUAACAUUCAUUCAUUUAAUAAAUAAAACAUCCACAGUAAAAGCCUUUGAUACAAUUUGCAUAAUUGAAGACAGUGGGUUCACAGAGCAUUUGUCAUUUGCCUGCGACCUUUUGUUGGCCCAUUUUGUUAAUUGAAUCAAGUGUCAACGGUGUAGUAGUGUGUGCAGCCCCAGCUACUGUCACUGUAUGGAGUGAAUGAUGAAACUCUACCUGUGUUGUAGCUACUAUACCAGGUUUUAAAAUGCCUGUGUUCUUCUGUGUCCUCUCUCCCCCUGCAGGCCUGACCAUCUAAGCUGUCACGUGAAGCAUGUUCAUUCCUCAGAGAGACCCUUCAAAUGCCAAGUAACGGUAAGAAGCCAGGCAUCCUCCUCCGGGACUCCACCCUCCCUGUUUAUGUUCCCUCCGGGACUCCACCCUCCCUGUUUAUGUUCAUGCUCCUAUCCCGCACAUUCACUCCUGGUUUGUUGGAUUAAGCGUAAUAAAAUUAUCCUAUCUCCCAAUUGUAAAAUAUAAUCUCUCCUGAAUCUUCAAGAUGCAGACAUGUCUGCAGUUUAGACAGACAGACCGAGAGAGAGUGAGUGAGUGAGAUUGUAUAGUCUAAUAUCCCCCUCAUUGUCCCUGUAUACCUCCCCAGGCCUGCACCUCUGCUUUCGCCACCAAAGACCGCCUGCGGUCCCACAUGAUCCGACACGAGGGCAAGGUGACCUGCAACAUCUGUGGCAAGAUGCUGAGCGCCGCCUACAUUACCAGCCACCUGAAGACCCACGGCCAAGCCAGCUUCAACAACCCCUGUAAUAAAGGUACGCAAGGCAGCCUCCACCACUCUCUUCUCCUCCUCCACUCCCUCCCUCUCUCCCCUCAGCCACACCUAGCCUGGGGUCCUCCAGACCUA